AACACAAACUAUACCCUACAAAUCUUUCGUACAUAUAUAUAUACACACAUGUAUAUAUAACACUAUAUAUCCAAGUACGUACAAAACUUUGGUCAAAUUUAACCAUGCCAAACAGAGUAGUAGAUAUGCAUGGCAUCGACAAAGACGAAGACAAACAAGAAGAAGAUGGACGAAGAUGGCCGAGAAAAACGCCGAAAGGGCAUUUCGUAGUGUACGUGGGGAUGGAGAUGGCGAGAUUCGUGGUCCCCACAAGGUUCUUGAAGAACCCUAGUUUCCAGAUGCUUCUAGACAAGGCGGCCGACGAGUUCGGCUUCAGCGAAGUUCAUCGGAACAAGAUCGUCUUGCCUUGUGAUGUCUCUACUUUCCGAAAUCUAGUUUCGUUCUUGAGUUCCGACAACCACCGAGUCUAAGUUUUAUGUUUUUAUUUAGCUAUAUAUGUUUGUGUGUGUGUGUGUGUGUUUUGUUAUAUUUAAUGUACUAAUUUAGCUCGGUUUUUAGCUGUAUGGAUGCAUGUAAUAUAUAUGUUUAUGUAUAAAUAAA